AUCUGAAGAUCUGACAGGGACCCGAGGACCGCUGCAGCGCUGCACCCCACCACAUGUCACCCCCACUACCAAGCCCACCAAAGAUUGCCUAUCCCGUCUGAACUUGCGGAACAAGCUCAGUAAAAUGAAGGAAACAUUUUUAAGCACACCGAAUAUCUCAGAUACGAGAGACUACACUGUAGCCUGAAACAUAAACGCAUAUCUGUGGGCGUCUUAUACAUGGCAAACUCAAGGUUUGAAUAUGUCAAAGCCUUCGAGCAGACAGACUAUUUGCUUCCCAACACAUGGGUAGUGGUGAGGAUAGACGGUCGAGGCUUCACCAAAUUGUGCGCAAAGUACAACUUCGAGAAGCCCAAUGACCGCAGGGCAUUAGAUCUGAUGAAUGGGGCUGCUAAGGCCGUCAUGACAGAACUUCCUGAUAUCACUAUUGGCUAUGGUGUGAGCGAUGAGUAUAGCUUCGUUUUUCACAAAACCUGCACCCUAUUCGAAAGACGAUCGAGCAAACUCGUAUCUACAGUAGUCUCGACGUUCACGUCAUACUAUGUACAUCUGUGGUCUACGUAUUUUCCUGAUGCACCUCUAUCAUCUCCUCUGCCAAGCUUUGAUGGCCGCGCAGUGUGCUACCCCAGUGUGCAAAACUUGAGGGACUAUAUGAGCUGGAGACAGGUGGACUGUCACAUAAACAACCUUUAUAAUACGACGUUUUGGUCAUUGAUCCAACUUGGUGGCAUGUCAAACAUAGAAGCCGAGAAGUUCCUUGCUGGCACUGUGUCGGCUGAUAAGAACGAGAUCUUGUUCUCCAAAUUCCACAUCAACUACAACAACGAGCCCGAAAUUCUGAAGAAGGGCAGUGUUGUACUCCGAGACUAUGAACUUGUUGAACCCCAGGGCGAUAAUGUAGCAGCAGCGGCCGACGACAUCGCGGAGCCUGUUAAGCAGUCCAAGACUCAGGAUGAGAAUGACAAGAAGCGAAGAGCAAAGGCGCGGGUGAUGGUUGAGCAUCUCGACAUCAUCAGGGAUGAUUUUUGGGACAGGCGGCCCUGGCUCCUAUCCAACAAGCCGGGAAAGGUACCCAAACAGACAUGA